CGGCGGCCGGAGAGGGGCUGGCGGGACGUGACGGGGCGGGCCGAGCCGAGCGGCGCUGCUGCACCGCGUGCGUUCUGGAGCGGCACCGCUGAGAGCUCCGCGCCGCCGCUUCCUUAGUGGGGGUCGCCCCGCUGGGCGGCCACCCCGCUUCCCACGGCGCCGGUCGCUGACCCCGGCGGUCCCGUGCUCGGGCGGCCCCUCUCGGCGGCGGGCAGCGGCCUGGUGCCAGCUCGGGGAGAGGCGGAGCGGCGCCGGCCCGCCCCCUCGGGCCGGGGGGCGAUGGGCCGCGCAGGGUCGCCGCUGUAGGCGGCCGCUGCCGGGCAGCGGGGCCAUGGGCUCGGCGCCUUUGUCUGCCGAGUGAGUCGCCCCGCCGCCGCGCCGCCCGCCCUCCCCCGGCGACAUGGACGUGACCAUCUCUGAGCUGCUGGAGCUCUUCCUGCAGAGCCCCCUGGUGACCUGGGUGAAAACCUUCGGAGCGCUGGGGGGUGGCGGCGAGGACAAGCUCGGCAUGUACAUGGAGCUGGCGGACGGCGUCCUGCUCAACAGGAUCAUGCUGCAGAUAGACCCUCGGCCAACCAACCAGCGCGUUAACAAGCAUGUAAAUAAUGAUGUCUAUCUUCGAGUUCAAAACCUGACCAUCUUAGUCAGAAACAUUAAGACUUACUACCAGGAGGUCCUCCAGCAGCUGAUUGUAAUGAAUUUACCAAAUGUUUUAAUGAUUGGCAAAGAUCCUCUUUCUGGUAAAAGUAUGGAAGAAAUUAAGAAGCUGCUGUUGUUGGUUCUGGGAUGUGCUGUGCAGUGUGAAAGAAAAGAAGAGUUUAUUGAAAGAAUAAAACAGUUGGAUAUUGAAACCCAAGCUGCCAUUGUGUCACACAUUCAGGAGGUGACUCACAACCAGGAGAAUGUCUUUGACUUGCAGUGGCUAGAGCUCCCAGACAUGGCUCCAGAAGAACUGGAGUCUCUCUCCAGGAAUAUGGUGUUCCACCUCAAGAGGCUCAUUGAUGAGAGAGAUGAGUGCACAGAGGUGAUUGUAGAUCUCACUCAAGAGAGGGACUAUCUACAGUCUCAGCAACCAUCGAGUCCUCUGAAGGCAUCAAGUCCAGAUUCUUCUCCAAACCAAGCCAACCCUUUUUCUAAUGAGGACAAGCAGCACCUUGCAGUUGAGCUGGCAGACACGAAGGCUAAACUGAGAAGGAUUCGGCAGGAGCUGGAAGAGAAGUCCGAGCAGCUUGUGGAUUCUAAACAUGAAGUUGAGCAGCUCACCCUAGAGCUGCAAAAAUUAAAACAAGAGAAUAUCCACCUGGCCUCAGAUGCUCGCUCUGCCCGAGCAUAUAGAGAUGAGUUGGACUCCCUGAGAGAAAAGGCAAACCGGGUGGAGAGACUUGAGAUGGAACUUGUUCGGUGCAAAGAGAAACUUCAUGAUGUGGAUUUUUACAAAGCUCGCAUGGAGGAGUUAAGAGAAGAUAACAUCAUAUUAAUUGAAACAAAGGCGAUGUUAGAAGAACAGCUAACGGUGGCAAGAGCUCGUGUUGAUAAGUUGCAUGAGUUAGAGAAGGAGAAUUUGCAGUUGAAAUCCAAACUUCAUGAUGUGGAGCUGGAUCGAGACACGGACAGAAAGAGAAUUGAAGAGCUUCUGGAGGAGAAUAUGGUCUUGGAGAUUGCACAGAAACAGAGCAUGAACGAAUCUGCACACCUAGGCUGGGAACUAGAACAACUGUCUAAAAGCACAGAUCUUGCCGAUACUAGGAAGUCCUUUGUGUUUGAGUUGAAUGAAUGUGCUUCAAGUCGCAUACUGAAGCUAGAGAAGGAUAAUCAGAGCUUGCAGAACACAAUCCAAGAGCUGAGAGAUGCCUCCUUGACCUCCAGAGAGAGCAGCCUAAAGUUUGUGGAACUGGAAAAGGAAAAUCAACAGCUUAGCAAAAAGAUUGAGAAGCUGCAAAAUCAAAUUGAGAAAGAGAAGCAAAGCAAUCAAGAUCUGGAGACCUUGAGUGAGGAGUUGAUAAAAGAGAAAGAACAGCUACAAGUUGUCAUGGAGACUCUGAAAGCUGACAAAGACAGACAGAUAAAGGACCUUCAACAAGAAAACGAUCACCUGAAUCAAGUGGUCUUAUCCCUGAGACAAAGAUCUCAAGUGAGCAGCGAGGCAAGAGUAAAAGAUAUUGAAAAAGAGAACAAGAUCCUUCACGAAGCAGUUACAGAAACUAGUUCCAAAGUCAACAAACUAGAAUUUGAGAAGAAACAGUUGCAAAAGGAUUUUGACCAGGUUAAAGAAAAAGUGGAAAGAGUGGAAGAAAUGGAGAAAGAGCUCCACCGGCUGGAGAAGGAGAAUGAACAGCUGACAAAGAAGGCAACAGCAAUGAAAACAGUGACAAAAAAAGUGGAAGUUCUUCAGCAGGAAAACUGGGAUCUGGAAAUGGAAAAUAGGAAACUCAGAAAAUCCCUGGACACAUUCCAGAACGUUUCCAUCCGUCUUGGGGACCUGGAAAGGGACAACAAGCAGUUGGAUGAAGAAAACCUGGAGCUUAGGAGAGUUGUGGAGACUAUGAGAUUUACCAGCACGAAAAUGGCACAAAUAGAAGCAGAAAAUAAAGAUUUGGAGAGGGAAAAAGAGGACUUAAGGAAGAAUGUAGAAAUGUUAAAAGUGUUGAGCAAAAAAUCAGAGCGGCUGGAGCUAAGCUAUCAGAGCAUCAACUCUGAAAACCAGAGACUUCAGCAAAUGCUGGAGAACAGCAACAAAAAGAUCCAGGAGCUAGAAAAAGAAGUACAGGCAACAGAGAGUGAAAAUCAAGUCCUUCAUAGAAACCUUGAGGAGCUGAAGAUUUCUGCCAAAAGGCUAGAAAGGUUAGAAAAAGAGAACAAAGCCCUAGAGCAAGAAAUAUCUCAGCUUGAGAAGGACAAAAAAAUGCUGGAGAAAGAAACAAAACGGCUUUGGCAGCAAGUGGAGCUGAAAGAUGCUAUUUUGGACGAUAGUACAGUAAAGUUGGCGGUUGCUGAGAAAGAAAACAAGACACUAGAAAAGGAAAUUGCUCAAUUCAGAGAUUCAUCUAAUAAGCUGAAAGAAUUUGAAAAGGACAACAAAGAUCUCAUAAAGCAAGUUACAAUUGAUAAAAGAACACUAGCUACACUGAGAGAGGAUUUGGUCCUGGAGAAGCUGAAGAGUCAACAGUUGUCUAGUGAUUUGGACAAACUGAGCCUGGAACUGGAGAAGAUGGGAUUGAGCAAAGAGCUGCUGCUACAGGAUGACAAUGGCAAUGAUGACACAAAAUACAAGAUUCUGGAAAGCAAAACUGAAUCAGCACUGAAAACAACACUAGCUGUGAAAGAGGAAAAGAUUGCAAUGCUAGAAGCUCAAGUGAAAGACUCUCUGAACUUGAACCAGCAGUUACAAAAUGAUCUAAAUAUGAUGAAGAAGGACUUUGAUGCACUUAAGCAGACUCAGCAGGAUGGGCAGCAAGCUCAGAAUUCACUGAAGUGUUCUACAGAGAAACUCAUUCCCAACCACCAAAUGAAUGAGAAAUUGGAAAUGGGACGCCGAGAAGCUACCGUGGAGCUGCUGAAAUUGAAAGACAGGGCAAUUGAAUUGGAAAGGAAUAAUGCAGCCCUGCAUACUGAGAAGCAGCUACUUAAAGAACAGCUGAAGCAUUUGGAAACACAGAAUGUCUCCUUCAACAAUCAGAUCCUGACACUACAGAAGCAAAAUGUCUUCCUUCAGGAACACAAUACUGCCCUGCAGACGCAGACAGCCAAACUCCAGGUAGAAAAUUCAACCCUCAGCUCCCAGAGUGCUUCACUGAUGGCCCAGAAUGCUUUACUCCAGAAUCAGCAAACAGCCAAGGAGAAUGAGAAUGAAAAUUUGCUGAAACAGAGGGAGCAGCUUAAAGCUGAGUAUGAAUCAUUGCUUCAAGACCAUGAACACCUUGCUUCACUACAUGAACGUCAGUCCACAGAGUAUGAAUUGCUAAUAAACCAGCAUAGCUGCCUGAAAACCUUGCACAAGAACCUGGAUCUAGAACACAAAGGUCUCGGGGAGAGAUACAACAGUUUAAUGAAACAGAAGGCAGAACUGGAAGAGUUGGAAGUAGCUCUAAAAACUGAGAGAGAGGUUCUGCAAGAAGAAAGGAGAUCAAAUGCGAUAACGGCUGGGGAAAAUCAGAAGCUGAGGGAGGAACUGGACAGGGUGAAUUUCUUGCACAGCCAACUAAAGGCAGAAUAUGAAGGGCUGCAUUCACACACUAAAGAACUGAAAACUUCCCUGAACAACUCUCAGCUAGAGCUGAACCGUUGGCAGGCUCGCUACGAUGAGCUGAAAGAACAGCACCAGUCCAUGGAUAUCUCUCUAACCAAGCUGGAUAACCACUGUGAGCUGCUGUCACGUCUAAAGGGAAAUCUGGAAGAAGAGAAUCAUCAUCUUCUAAGUCAGAUUCAGAUGCUGAAUCAGCAGAAUCAGAUGUUACUGGAGCAGAACAUGGAGAACAAGGAUCAGUAUCAUGAAGAGCAGAAACAGUACAUUGACAAAUUAAAUGCCUUGAAGAGACACAAGGAAAAACUUGAAGAGAAAAUAAUGGAUCAGUACAAGUUUUAUGAUCCUACUCCAAAAAAGAAAAACCACUGGAUUGGAGCCAGAGCCUUAGCCAAACUAAUCAAGCCAAAGAAGGAGUCUACAAGGGAGCGGUUGAAGCCAGCAACAGAGAGUCCUCCAUGGCAUUCUGAAUCCCCAGAGACAGUAAACUCUCCAUCUGCCUCACAAAAAGUGAAACAUCAACAAGAAUCUCAGGAUAAUACCUCUCAAGGAUCGAACUCUGUGGAAGAAAAAGAGAACCCUGGAGGUUUUUCAACUAAAGUGCUAAUGGAUUUGAAGCAAAAGAGGAAUUCCCAUCAUGGGAGCGGCAAUGAUGGUGUUGAAAUCUCAGCAGACUCUGUGACCAAACACUCCUGUGUGGAGCUGGGUCCCAGGACUUGCUCGACCUCAGCUAUUCACCUGCACACUUCCACCCCCAUCUCCAGGCUCCCAAGCAGACCAAAAGGCUAUAAUUCAGAAGAUAAUCUGUGUGAACAGUCCCCUGAGGUAGAGUUUGCAAGCACCAGACAGCAUGUGUCCAGGCCAAGCAGUCUAGAGAGCAGUAGAAAUGCAUCCAGCAGUAGUUCACCACUCAAUUUGAAAGGUUCCUUAGAUCAUAUCCAUGGUAGAACUGAGAGCCUCAGCAGUGAAGAUACAGUGCCAAGCAGAGAGGUGCCGGCCUUGCUCCGAGACCGCUAUCCUUUUCACUCCGCUUCUGCCAUUGUAGACCCUAGCAACAGAUAUGAGUCCUCCUUCCACAGGAAUGGUUUGAUCUCUAAUGAUACAUCUCAGAAGAGUACUCCAUCUCAGUCUUACACGGGCAGGCAGCGCUCUGCCUCCCCCGGCAGUGAGAUGGUAACCCUGGAAGAGUUCCUGGAAGAGAGCAACAGGCUGUCUCCACCAAGCGACACCUCCAGUAACAAAGAGGAUUUGCCGAGUGGUUAUUUUAAGAAGGCAAAUGAGCCUUCAGCUUCUGGGAACCCACUGGUUCAACUGUCAAGAAAGGAGGCUGCCAAGAUACCCGCUGGCCACAUUGCUCCAGCUGUAAGGAUGGCCCUCGCUGGUGAAGAAGGAAGAACAGCUAAGCCUGGAAAUUACAUGAAGCCAAACCUCAGACAAGUUGAACCUGAGCCUCUGACAAAUUCCCAGGGAUCCAUUAAGCUUCCUCAUAUGCCACAGCAGCAACCCGCUGGUGGCAUGCGGCAGACGGCACAGCCACAGCAACCUGGGUCCAUCAGCAGGAGGAGUACGUCACUGAGCAGGGCAUUCAGCUUAGCCUCUGCAGAUCUCCUCAGAGCCACUGGCCCAGAGACAUACAGGCAGGAGAGCCCUCAGAAGUCAGUAGGAGACUUGCGUGGGGGCAAGGAUACUUUCUGUCAGACUUCUAGAGCUUCUGUACCAGCAAGCUCCCAGGCAACCUUAAGAGAGAGGCCCCAGUCAGCAAAGGUGGGAGGUUCCGUGCAAGGUGUUGAUUCUCGUUGUCGGCAGCUUGAUGCAAGGCGUCUUUCCCUGGCCCCACCAAAAGAUGAGAGGCCACUCUCCUUCCACCAAUUUUCUGCCUCGCCUACUGCAUCCACCAGCAAUCUGAAUGUGCAGCAACAGGAGCGAGUGAACCCUGGGCAACACUACUCACCCACACCACAUACUCCAUCUAAAACCAAGCCUAAGCCAGCCCCUCGUACUGGGGAGGUAGCCACAGUGGGCUCUGCCAGAGCCGUUUCCACCAGCACCGAGGGAAGUACUUCCCUAGGGCAAAGCCAGAGUGAUGUCCUACUUAGCAAGUGCCAGGGCAAGCUGCCAGAAGGCAGCUGUGGGGCUUUGGAGGAGCCCAUGAGAGGAAGCAACUCAAGCAGCACUCCUGGGUCUCCAGACCCCCAGGGGGAUCAGCAGACAGUUUGGUAUGAGUAUGGCUGUGUGUAACCCAUGGGUGCAGCUGGUAGUAUAUGUGUUCAACACUACUGAUGUUGGGUAGUCCUUGUCUAGACACUGUGCCAGGUCUUAAAAGACAUCAUCUGCAUGCUGAUCUGAAUGUUCUCCGGGUACUGUUUUCUAGUUGGACAAAAUUAAGAAAUAAAGGGAGCAAACUCCCAGCCCAUCUUUUGACACUGUUGUGCCUGAAAAGAAGUGGAAGCUUGACACAAUCCCAUAGCAAACUUGGGACCUGAUUCUCACAGAUGCUGAGCAUUUCCCCCUGCAGGAGAAGCUCAGCAGGGUCCAGUGUCAUUGCUGCACUGUGCUCCCCUCCUACCUGCAUUAAAGAAAAGUUUCACAGGUAAUACAUAUGUGCUGAAACCAGCUUCGCUGUUGUUAAAAAAUUUAAACCAUACUGAAAAGGUCAUAUAAAAGCCAAACUACUUCCAAAAAGACAUAACCAGACACUUGGCUUAAGUAGCUUAAAGAGAAAGCUGAAGAGCAAAAGUGUGUGGCUUUAACCAUGAAUCUGUUAAAAUCAGUUCUUGCUGCAGCCACAUUUUAUACAGGUAACACGUAGAAUGCAAGAAUUGUAUGCUAACCUUCCCCACUGGGAUUGUCUGAACACAGAGAGGGGCCAGUGUUACCACCCCACUGCCUUCCCUGUGUAGCUGCAGCUUAGUGGAUCCUUGACUCUGAAAGCCAAGUGGUGCUGCUUCUUGAAAUUUUUAUGCAAACACUGGAACUAAUGCAGCCUUUUCAGGGCAGAUGUCAUUUGAAUUGUAAGAGUGACAUCUCAUGUACAAAAGUGACUUGUAAGUAUGUAUAUAAGGAGCUCAAGUAUUGUAUAGGAAUGCUGUGUAUAAAUUGUAUUAUUACAUCUGUGUGUGGCAGCCCGCAUCCGAAAUGAUAUGUGGGAUUCCAUCUUUUAGAAAUCUCUGUUUCCAGCAACCUUGCUCAGAAUAGAAAGCAAAAUAAUUUUAUAUACACGUGAAAGAAAUAUACUUUUAAAUCUAUUUAUGCGCAAGAAAGUUCCUUGUAUGUUUCUGUCCGGAGUGUCAUCAGUUGCUUAUGUAUAUAUGAUGAAAUGCAUAUCUUUAAUUCUGUUUCGUGUUUGUAUAGCUGUUUUUCUUGACUUUUCUAGACUAAAUCCUCCCCUUCCCCCCACUAAUAUUUGUUUUUCUGGUUCUGAUUUAAUCUAGUAAAAGCUAAAAUCGAUUCAGCUAAGGAUGUUUUUGUUAUCUGGUAUGUAGUAAUCCCAUUCUGGAAACUACAAAAUUGUUUAUAAUAAAGAUUAAAAUAAAACAGA